GAGUGCAUCUGCAAAAUGGCUGCCGGAGGAGCUCAUUUGAGCUCUGGGAAAAUUAAUUUAAGUCUGUUACGAGAUUUCUACCGUCGUGAAUUCUUAGAAUGCUUGGACAAAUGUUUAGGAACAAAGGCUCUUGUGUGGGAUGAUGCAUUGACAGGACCAUUUGGACUUAUAGCUGAAUACUCACUUCUAAAGGAGCAUGAGGUGGAGAAGAUGUUCCCGCUACGGUCAACAGGCCUUCCUAAGAACAAUGUGCAGAAUGUGUUGUUUAUAACCAGACCAAAACUGCAUUUAAUGGAGAUGAUCUCACAAAAUAUCCUGCAAGAAGAGCAACAAGGUGGCUUUAGAAAAGAAUAUUACCUGGUGUUUGUCCCUCGCAAGAGCCUCCUGUGUGAGAAGAAAUUAAAGGAGAUUGGAGUGUACGGGUCCUUCACCAGUGUGGAGGAGUUUAAUCUGGAGCUGAUACCGUUCGACUACGAUCUGCUCUCAAUGGAGAUGGACAACACGUUUAGGGACUGUUACCUAGACAAUGACUUCACCUCCAUGUACUACGCGGCACAGUCGCUGAUGACGCUGCAGGCGCUAUACGGGACAAUACCUUACAUCCAUGGCAAGGGGGACUGUGCUAAGAAUGUGGUGGACAUGAUGCGUCGGAUGAAGGGCGAGCUGAGCGGGCGUGAACCGCAGAUCACCCCCCAGAUAGACAACCUCCUCAUCUUGGACCGCACCGUCGACCUCCUCACUCCCCUCUUGUCACAGCUCACUUACGAAGGCCUCAUUGAUGAGGUGUUUGGCCUCAGUAACACAAGUGUCAAACUGCCACCAGAGAAGUUCUCCCAGAAGAAGGAGGAUGGGUCAGGUCCCUCAGAUGUCCCAUCUGAACCAAAGAAAAUCAUUCUCAACUCUGGAGAUGAACUGUACGCAGAUCUGAGAGACAAGAACUUCAAUGCUGUCGGUGCUGUUGUCAGCCGCAAAGCUAAAGUCAUCACUGCGGAAUUUGAUGAGCGACACAGUGCAAAGACAGUGGGAGAGAUGAAACAGUUUGUGUCUAAACUGCCCCACCUCCAGGCCGCCCGACAGUCCCUGGCCACGCAUACUUCAAUCGCUGAGUUGAUCAAGGAAGCAACAGACCAGGACGAGUUCAUGGACUCCCUCCGCUGUCAGCAAGAAUUUAUUAAUGGCAUGGAAACGGACAAAGUCCACCCCUACAUUGAAGACGCCAUAGCCAAGCAGGAAGUCCUCACUAAGGUACUGAGGCUGAUCUGUAUCCAGUCUUUCUGCAACGAUGGACUGAAGCCAAAAGUUCUUGACUUCUACAAGAGGGAAAUAGUCCAGACGUACGGGUUCGAGCACAUGUUGACUUUGAUGAACCUGGAGAAAACAGGGCUGCUUCGUCCCCAUGGCAACCGUACAUACACAGUAAUCAGGAAGUCACUGAAGCUGAUAGUAGAGGAUGUCAAUGAACAGCUCCCUAAUGACAUCUCGUACGUGUUCAGCGGCUACGCCCCCCUGAGUGUGCGCCUGGCCCAGUAUCUGGCGCGGCCGGGCUGGAGAAGCAUCACAGAAGUACUCAACCUUCUGCCGGGGCCCAAAGUAGAGGAAAUACAACAGAUACCGGUAGCACUCAGGAAAAGAAGAAGUUCCAUCUCCUCCCAGCAUUCCAGUUCUGGGGAUCAGAAAGUGACACUCGUCUUCUUCCUCGGGGGCGUGACGUUUGCAGAGAUCGCGGCACUCCGCUUCCUUGCACAGCAGGAUGAUGGUACUGAUUAUAUUGUUGCUACAACGGCCAUCGUUAAUGCGGAAAAUUUCAUCAAGCCUUUAGUGGAGCAGUUUGAGUCCCAGCUGAGUGACUCACCAGCUUACUAGUCAGUCGUCUCAGUUGCGGCACAGACUACUUGAUUGCAACAACCAAGAUCAUUACGGGGAAGCACUUGAUUGAGUCUUUACAGGAGAAGAUAGAGACUGUCAAACUGAACCCAUUCUGAGAUUGCCAAAUCAAAGUGAAUCUAAGGUGGAAGCAUGACAUGCUCUGUGCAAUCAAUGUUACAGGUGACCCUCCCAGCAUCCAGCUCCUCGUCCAGCUUGUCAUGAUGAUGAACAGUGCAGUCUGUGUUCUGAUGUGGGUGAUGCCAACACCUGCUGUGCCAGAUGUAGCAGUAUUUGGAUUAAGGGAAAACUGAGGAGUGGCCUUACUGUGCCCAUAUUGUGCUAGAAUUCACUCUGUGUAAUUAACCAAAAGUUAUUUGUGCCAGAUGUAGCAGUAUUUGGAUUAAGGGAGAACUCGGGAGUGGCCUAACUGUGCCCAUAAUGUGCUAGAAUUUUAGAGUUAUGUCCCUUUGUGCUAUUAUUUAACAGUUUUGUCCCUUAGUCGUGACAGAAUCCUACUUUCACACUGAUUAUGAUUCUUGAUUUGUCAGCUCCACGUGUCGUCGGUUUCACCAACACGGGAAACAUCUAGGACCUAUGUCGCUAGGUGACUCUCAUGUGCUAACUCAUACUGUGAAUUUCUCUGUGAGUUUUCUCUCCUACUUACUCACUGGCACUUACUCUAGUGGAUCGGGUGGUCAUGCUUGGUGACUUGGUUGACACCAUCAUACCACAUUGACAUGGGUGAUUGCUCAUGAUACUAAUAACUGGAUUGUCUGAUCCAGACUGAUAGCGCUGGAGAUGCGAACCCUUUCUGCUCACACCUGGUGUCACCACUGUUGUUUAGUGAUCCAUCCAUAUAAUGUUCAUCCUAAGUUUGCCUUUUUCACCCAAUGGAAACUGUUUUGGCAGAUAACUAAAUACAGUUCAAAGAGAGAGUAUGUAUAACUAACUCACUCAUUCAUUCAAACUCAUAAUCUUGGAAGCCAUAACUGUUUGAAACCAAUUUAACACAGCUGUGGAACUAUCCUGGAAAUAUCCCAUAAAGAUAAACCAGAUUACAUGACACCAAUCUCUAGUGUAUUUAAUGCUGAACUGAAAUAUGAAUCUUUAGAUGAUAAUUCUGACCAUAAAUUCAUUAGCUACACGAACAACAAACAUAAUCCCAUGAAACAUAAUAUGAGUAAUUCCCCUUCAUUUUCCCCCUCCCCUCCCCCAAUCAGAAAACAUCAUGCACAACUGAUCAAAUCAAGGCAGGUAAGAAAUAUCACAUUGUCAUUGUUGGUAUUUGUGCUAUCAGAUAAUGGUUUACCUAAGUAAUUAUGCAUGGUGCUGGGAUGGCUGGUGUCUGGUCCUGGUGGCCUGGGAGUUCCUGUUGUGAAACUUGUACAUACCAAAACUGUAUUAUGUAAAUCUGAUCUGUACAUAACCAUGCUGUAUAUUGGUAAAGAAAAUAUAUGAAACAUGACUUAAAA